AUGGCAAAUGUAGACACAAAAUCUCCUGAUAACUAUAAUUUUGACAAUCUUCUCAACUUCCGCGAUGUGGGAGCGCACAUCAAUUCCCUUGUGGAAGCACCCGUCCUCAAAAUGGGGCUCCUGUUCAGGAGUGCCCGACCAGAUGAAGCCAGUCUUGCCGACCGUGACCAGCUCGUGAACAGAUACAGAAUCAAAACCAUCAUUGAUCUUCGCUCCAGGACGGAACAUAUCAAUGCAGCCCAAAAAAGAUCUGAUGCAAUUCUUACUGCCCAAUCUGCUGCGGUCCCUUCGUCCAACGACGCCAUCACUGGACCCGUUCAAAUCCCCGGCAUUCGUUACGCAAACGUUAAUCUCAAUGGCCAAGGGUUUGAGCGCCAUCUGAUUUGGCAGUUGAAAUAUACCAGCCUCGCUAAACUUGUCUUUCUCAUGGCUCUAGGAUAUCGAACAGAGGGUAUAUCUGUGCUAGGAAAGGAGCUGAUGUUGCCGCGAGGACUCACUGGUCUUGGAAUAGACACGCUCGAUCAUAGCGGUCCUGAGAUCAAGGAAGUCUUUGACAUUCUUGCCGACCCGACAGCUUGGCCGAUAAUGGUCAAUUGCACCCAAGGCAAAGAUCGCACCGGCAUGGUCGUCCUCUUGGUCCUUCUGCUGUGCAAUAUUGACAUUGAUGCCAUAAGUCGGGAUUAUGUCAAAUCCGAGCCCGAACUAGAGGCAGAGAAAGCAGCCAGAAUGGAAGAGAUAGCCAGUAUUGGCCUGGAUGAGUCAUUUGCGGGAUGCCCGGUCGACUUUUGCGAGAAAAUGUUUCAACAUCUUGACUCCAGAUAUGGCGGUGUGAACAGUUAUAUGGAUGCGAUCGGUGUCGAUGGCAAUCAGUGUGAACGUGUGCGGUCUAUUCUCCGCAGCGAUCAGUGA